CCUAGAGCUGGAGGGGUAGAAGUGGAUCGUAUGGCGGUGUGGAGAGCUGGAGCUGCUUCGUCUUCCCUGUUGAAUAGGCUCCUACGCCACUCCAACGUCAUCAAUGUCCCCACCCGCGCCUCCAAUCGCACUCUCUCCACCGGUGUCGAAAUUAGGAAAAGCCUUUCUUUUUAUGUGCAUUGAUCUAGUUGCUGCCGAAAUGAACUUUACUAGUAAUGUUAUACUUUCCACAGAUGUAGCUGGUUCAAGUAAUCAGUUGUUUCACUAUGAUAUCAAUUCACAAUACGGAAGGUGCUUGCCGCUUGCUGAUAUGCACAUUCAAGCCAAAAUACACAGCAUCGAGAUGAACCCGGGCCAAGGUGGCAAGUUAGUUCGAGCACCAGGCACUUUUGCAAAGAUUUUGAAAGAACCCACUGUUUCAAGGUGUUUAGUGAGACUGCCUUCAGGUGUUGAAAAGUGGAUUGAUUCUAAAUGCCGGGCUACAAUUGGUACAGUCCCAAGUGAUGGAAAUAAGCCCAAGAAACUCUAUAAGGCUGGGCAAAACCAGUGGCGAGGCAUCAGACCAACGGUUCGAGGAGUGGCAAUGAAUCCAGUUGAUCAUCCUCAUGGUGGAGGUGAGGGUAAGAGCAAGAGUAGUGGGUCUCAUGGGAAGGGUUCUCGAACACCUUGGGGAAAGCCUACCAAGGGUGGGUACAAGACCGGUCCCAACAAGCGUAGAAAGUAAUGCUUUAUCAUUCACUUCUUUAUGUUGACACUAGUGUGGAAUUUAGCUUUGCGAUGAGUUCAGAUGGCAAUAAAAGUCCACUUAGAUGUUUGACUCAUCAGAAAACGUUCAAGGUUUGCAUACCUUAUUCCCUUGCCAUUUUUCUGAAAGUGUUGGUUUUUGGAUUAAAUUGUGUAGGUAGCUUAGCUGUCUUCGCUGUGACUAUCUUUUGGAUAAAUGAAUCCUUAACUAUUUGGUA